AUGAGAAAAUGCUAUGGCGGCCACAAAUUCCGAUGGGUAACCAUGGCCGUAUUUGGGGUUCCCAGCGUGGGAGGGACGCUACACAAGGAUACCGGAUAUUCGAGAGCGAGAGCUCCUCUCAUGGGCUCGGCCUUGCCGCCAGUAGCCAGGGCCUCGGGGUCAAGUGCUGUGGCUGAAGUAGAGAUACCGGACGUACCGUACCACAGCAAAUCUGUGAUAGCCGAACCUCUGCCUGGGACCGCCAUGGACACGUGUCCUGACGCCUGGAAGCAAGACCCACGGGAACGAUGGAUGGAGGGCCCAAGGAAACCUUUAGUGGAAGCAAACCCGGAGGAACCACUGACGGCGUCGGCCGGGUCUGGUUUGGUCAUGGAGAGUUCCUCUGAAUUACUGACGGAGGCCCCGCCAGAACCUUCGGUGGCAGCCUCCUCGGUGGAACAGAUGGCGGAAGCCUGGCCAGAGCUUUUGGUGGAAAGCUGGCCUAAAUAUCUGAGGGAGGCUCCGCUCGAACCAUUGAUUGAAGCCUUGUUGAAGCCAUUGGGGGAAACCUCGCCAUUGAUGGAAACCUCGCCAUUGAUGGAAACCUCGCCAUUGAUGGAAACCUCGCCAUUGAUGGAACCGUUUGUAGAAGGCUCCGGAGAACCUACGGUGGGGGUCUGCCCUACACCUUCGGUGCAAGGCUGGCAGUGGUCUAAUUUUGUGGCUGGGGUGGUUAAGGAGAGUUUGGCGAAUGAGAAGGAUUUAAAGCCUGAGCUGAGUCCGGAAGAGGAAGUGAGGUUUGUGACUUCUGCUAAAUUCGCUGUCCUUAGUGGGUUGCGUAACUUGCAAAAAAGUGGGGCAUAUACUCCUGACAUGUCGUCGAUUCCCGACUUUGAUGGUUGCUCUAUGCGGUGGUUAAAAUUGGCAUUGCUAAUUCGUGAGAAGGAAAAUGGCGGUUUCUGUAAAUUGAUUGAAGAGUUAAAGAGCCGCGUUUCAAGACCGGAUGGUUUACCUGAUACGUGGUUUCUGGCUGCCGUCGCACAGAGACUGGUUUGGUCUCGGUGUUUGUCUACUUGGUUGCCCCGUACCCUAUCACUGCGGAGUGGCUGGUACUGUCGGAAGCCGGUUUUUCACGUCUGCUUUCCAGAUGAUAUUGUACGUAUGCCGGAGAGUGAGAAGUCGGUAUACCGGGUUUGUGCCAGCUCUAAGCUCGCCUGGUUAUUUCACCAGGCACAGCAAAAUAUUCGCAUAGACGGGGAAACAUGGAAGGCCCCGGAUAACCCAAGAACCCUCAGAAUUCAACAUGGUCUAGGCCCGAGAAUAUUUGGUUAUGCCUUACGGACAAUGAGGCGUAUAAUCCCACCUCCGCCACAGUUGUCAAAUGCAGAGUACAUGGCUUGCUUACUCAGGUACGCUGAAAUAACGCCACCGAAAAUUUCCAGGGCCCGCUAUCCUGUUACCACCGGCAGGCUUAAAGCCGCCCAUCGCCCUCAGUUAUCCUCGUCUGAUGAGGUACCCUCCUCGUCCAUUGUCGUUCCCGCUUGCUCGUCAAUGACUUUGGUGUCAACCGAUAGAUCGGUUGCUCCGGAAAUGACGGCUCUUCUGGCAGGCGUGCUUGAGGAGUGCGCGGAGAAGGAGAGAAACGAGAAGGAGAGAAACGAGAAGGACAGAAGCGAGAAAGAGAGAAGCGAGGAAGAAAUACUGUCCCAUGCGGGGAAGCUUGGUAUAGCGACGUUUGCUGCCGACAAAUAUCGGGGUGUGGUGUCCUUCAAAAAGAGGUCAGCUGAGCGGUGUGGUCGGAAGCAGAGGGCGGACCCUUUUGUCACGUGCGGGUGGCGAUGGCUGUGUCUGGUAGGGCUGAUGAAUGAUUAUUUGCCGCGGGAGUUGGUUGACAAGUUGAUUGCCGAUAGUGAAAAGUUAGUGCCGAGGCCGAAACAUGUGUCACCAUUAUGGUACUUGGCCUGUCGAUUGCAGGCCUGUCUGGAAGGAAAGGACAUUGCUGCGAGGUUCAGUAUAUUGCUGGAGGCGCCUCCGCCGUGGUGGGCUUUCACCAGUGUAAUUUACCGUGAUCAUUUUCCCCAGACGUUUGGCGAGCUACCGAUGUCUGAGACAUCUGUUCGAUUAAUUGCCUCCAGUUCCAGAGCUGCACACUGGAUUGCAACCGGAAUCGGCAAAUUCCGAGAGACACGAAAUACAUGGUUACCUAGCUUAAACGGAUCCAUAGUGAACUCCUUUCGCACGGCAAUGGGAAACAAAUGGUUCAACAAGAUAAUCAAAAUUAUCAGAUUAAAAAUCUCCAAACUCGUAUCUGAGGCGGGCCUUCAACGAAUGCAGCAGUUACCAGACAAUUCUGUCAUGGAAACCGUCUUCCGGUCUGCAUCGAUGAGACGUAAUUUCAACUCCAAAGUCUUAAGAAGAAAUUGGAGACUAGAUAUUGCUCUGGAUCCUAAGGAGUCCAGCGAGGCAAUGGACUCUUCUGAGGACGACGAGUUAGUGGCGAAAAGAGUGUGCUGUGAAUGA